AUGUUUACAUUCGGGGUACAUGUACGUCGCAUCAGAAGCUCUGGUUUAUUUGGUGUGAACUCGUGAACGGUAAAUGGCCGGUAGGGUCACGGAGGCUUCAGUGGACAGUCUAGGUAGUCGGCCCACUUCAUCAUCCAGCUGUGCUAGCGGUCGCGGCGUCUCAUUCAAUCCGGCCGUCUCGACGUUCAGGCGGAUUUCUCCUGGGCGUGAUGACGACGGAACGGUGAAGUUUCGUUUCGAGAACAAGAACGCGUUGUCUGACGACCUCGCCUUUCUAGCCACAAUGUCAGAAGUCUGCGACAUCACUUUUGUGGUCGGCGAUGACAAACAGCCGGUUUGCGGUGUAAAGGCUAUUCUUGCGGCAAGAAGCAGAGUGUUUCGCCAGAUGUUGUUUAAGGAGCGAGAUCCUCUGACAAGAAGUGGCUCUACCAAAGCGAGGAUGAAGAGUCCAACCAUUGCAGAAUCUCCUUCUGAAUUGUCAAGUAAUGGUAGAUGCAUUACAAUAACAGAAUUUGAGCCUCUCGUCUUCAAGCAGCUGAUGGAGUACAUACACACGGGUUGCUGCACAUUGCAAGCACAAAUGUUACCCGGUCUAAUGAAUGCUGCUGAUCACUAUGGUAUCGAGGAACUCAAGCGAGCGUGCAUAGGAUUUGUUGAUAACUGUAUAAGUACCGACACGGUGUGUUCAUUGUUAAACACAGCAGAGAAAUACAUUCAGUAUAAGCCAACCAAACUGCUUGUUCGCAAAAUCCUAGAAUACAUCGACAAACAAGGAGAUGAAGUACUCUCUUUGGCAGCAUUUGCUACCCUUCCUCAACAUGUUGUUACACUUAUAUUGGAGCGAGAGGAUCUGAAAGCUAGUGAGUUGACAAAGUUUAAUGCUGCUCACAUGUGGGCUGUUUCGCAUUGCAAGAAAAAUCCCAAAACGAGUCUACAGGAAGCAAUGGCUCCUUUGGUGACUGGCAUUGCUUUCUACAAAAUUCCUGCUAUGAAACUUAUGAAAGAUAUUCGGCCACUGAAUGUUGUCCCGAAUGAAGUGAUCAUGUUGGCUCUUGCUUAUCAUGCUGAUCCUAACUCGGUGGACGUUGCUCAGUUGAAUCCACGCAAACUUAGAACUUCUUCUUCAACACCACAGACUGAUGCUCACCUUUCUGUUAUCGACCAGUUGUCACGAGAAGACUGUGUUUAGUCAAGGAUAUGUAUAAUGCAGGUUUUUCAUUACACGAUCUCUCUAGAGAGUAUAUAUAAUGGAAUUCGGAUGAUUUACCUGUGGAGAUCUAACACAGGAGUUUAUGAUGUUUGGAGAAAUUGUACAUAUCUACUGUUGACUGCACAUGCUUAUUUAUUCAUUAACUGAAGACAUUAAUUAAUUGACAUUGAUUUAGCACACAGAGUAUUAAGAGUAUUACAGAAAAUCACCUUUCAA